AUGACCGAGCCAGCACCCACAGGGCCCGAAACGGCCCUGAUAGUCGGCAUUUCCGGGCCCUCUUCCAGCGGGAAGACCACCCUCGCCCGCCUUCUACAGCGCAUCUUCAACGGGGUGCGCCUGGCCCCGAGCUCAGGGGACACCACAGCCACAGACAGCUCGACGCUGACGACAUUCAUCAUCCACGAAGAUGACUUCUACUAUCCAGAUGACCAAAUCCCCUACACAACAACCCCCUCCGGCAAAACAGUGCAGGACUGGGACACCGCCGCCGCAAUAGACACGGCCUUCCUCGCCCAGGCACUCUCCUACGUCCGCGCACACGGCCACCUCCCACCCCGCCUAGAAAGCAAAGAAGACCAAAACGAAGCCGGAGCCUCCGGCGUCCCAGACACGGUGGUGGACAGUCUACGCUCCGAAGUGCAGCGCCGACUCGCCGCCAGCACCGGCGCGGACAGACGCACGAUCGCGUUUAUGGAGGGCUUUCUGCUGUAUAGCGCGCCUGGGACCUCGACAUCUGAUUCUGGGACUGGGACUGGGACUGGGUCUGGGGAGGGGUCUGCAUCUACGCAAUCCCCUGACCCGCACUACCCGAGCAGCCCACUAGCCCUGCGCCCCGUCCACGCGCAGAUCCAGCUUCCGCUCUUCCUACCCGCGCCCUACAGUACGGUGAAAGCGCGCCGCGAGGGACGCAAUGGGUACGUCACUAUUGGGCCGGCGCCGGAGCCGCCCUCUGAUGUGGUGCCUGGCACUGGCGACGAGGGAAAGGAGGCUAGGGAGGUAGACCUGGAGCAGGAAGAUGAUCGACCGCCGCAGAAUUUCUGGACGGACCCGCCGGGCUAUGUGGAUGAUAUUGUGUGGCCGCGGUAUGUGCGGGAUCAUGCGUGGUUGCUUGUAGGUGGGGAGGCGGAUGGUGUGAGCGGUGAUGAUAUCGUUGCGAGGGUUGGGGAGGGAGUUGAUGUGAGGACUGAUGUUGGUGUUAAAGUUGCACCGGGACGGGGUGCGGUGGGCAUGGAGGUUGUCCUGCGGUGGGCGGUAGAGGAGGUAUUGGGGGCUUAUUUGGCCUGGUAG